CCAGCGCCUAAACGUUAAUUGUCAUCUUUUUUUCUGUACUUUAGCUUUGUUGCCAUACAAAGGGCUAUAGUCCCGGUCGUCUAGGGCCUGCUUCAUGUUAUUUACGUUGAUGAUAGCAAUAGGCUAGCGCCGCAUGUCCAUAUAACAGCUGUUUCUUAAAUCCAUAGCUUACAAAGCAAAGCUAGGCUUUGCUCGGGACUUGUCCAUGACUUGUGCCAACAGUCCCUCAGCGGCACUGGCAUUCGCUAGGUCCUAAGCGCUUCGCGCAUGGAGUCGCUGACAGCAGACGCUGCAGACGGGCAGCAAGGCCUCGCCUCGGGGUUGCCGCUUGGCCUCCUCUCACUUCCUCCUGAAGCCAACGCCGCAGCUCCCUUCUCUCCUCUUUCCCUCAGCGGCCUCCCAAUGGACCCCUCUGCCGCCCUCCUACUCUCCGGAGUGACAGCGCCCCGCCCUGCCGGCCAGCCCCACUCCCAGUCGCAGCCCCAGCCCAACCUCCUCAGCAAUCCAGCAGCCCUCGCGGCGGCACUAGUGGCCCGACAAGGGGCCCCGCAGCCGCCCGGUCCCGGCCCUGGAUCCGGCUCCGUCGGCGUGAAGGCGGAACCAGCCCCAGCCGCUGCUGCCCCCGCCUCCCCUGCCGACCCCGCCUCCUCCGAGUCCGCGGCCGCUGCGCUGUCCGCCCGCAUGGCCGCCGUGGGGGCCGCCAUCAUCUUUGAGAAGGCGCUGACCGCCAGUGACGUCAGCGGCGGGGGCCGGGUGGUGGUGCCCAAGUCUAUCGCGGAGCAGUACUUCCCCCGGCUGGAGCAGCCCAGCGGGGUCACCAUCUCCGCAUCCGACCUGGACGGCAGGGGCUACACAUUCAAGUGGAGGUUCUGGGUGAACAACAGCAGCCGCAUGUACCUGCUGGAGGGGGCGGGCGAGCUGCACAGGAACUACGGACUGGAGGUGGGCGAUGUGAUGGUGUUCGCUCAGAAGCCGGAUGGCUCGCUGGUGGUGGCGGGCAGGAGCGGCAACAAGUCCUGCCUGCUCACCCCGGCGCUGCCACUUCCCUAGCCGUCGCCCUAACCGUCGAAGAGCACGUACCGCUUGCGGUACACCUUACCUCCCCCCCAACCCCACCACCCCACCAGUCCGACCUGGUCAAGAAGCCGCCCGCCAAGCGCCCCACCGCAGCGGCAGCAGCCGGCAGCAUGGGGGCAGGUGCAGGGGCGGCGGGCGGGGCGGGGUCGCGGGCGAGCAGGGAGCCGCGCACCAGCCGGCCACCCGCCAGGUCCCAGCCGCCGCCGCCGCCGCUGCCAACAGCAGG